GUGUGACUUCGCAAAGAUGGCGUCUUUAGGAGCGUGCGUGCGGCGUCUGGAGAGUGCGGUAGAGCGGCCUGAAUUGUUACUAAGUGUGCAGGACAGACUGGCAUCAGAGUUCACUGCUCUCACAAAAGAGCUGUACGAUUUCCAAAAAACACAGGAGGCAGAUGGGGCUGCUGGAAGCCCAUUGAAAGAGUUGGUUGUUGAACAAUUUGAUGAAGAACAGAUCUGGCAGGAGAUUGAAUUGCAGAACCAUUCAGUACUAAACUAUUUCAAAGGGGCAGUGGCUUUCCUUCAUCGUGACAGUCUCAGCAGACUGAAUGGGACAAAAGAGGCAGCAAUUGACUCUCCUGUGGAAGAGUUAGAAAUAGAAGAUGAUCAUGAACUAGAAGAGGGCAGUGAUGAAGAGAAAGAAUUGAAAAGCAGGGAAGUUAGUGCACAGAAAUAUCUGUCUGAAGAGCUUAGUGAUGAGGAUUCUGACAUCAAUUUCGACAUUGAUGAGCUUGCGACAAGGACUAAGCUGAUGAAGAAAAGCCUCAAACACCAAAGCUCUGAGUUAGAUGAUACAUUUUUCAAACUUUCAGAAAUGGAAGUUUUUUUAGAGAAUGCUGAGAAGGAAGAAGCAAAUGUGGAGAGUUAUGAUGAAAUCAAUUAUUUUGAAGAUAUUCCCUCUGAAGAUGAAGAAAUUGUAAAACCAACGAUUAAGAAAAAGACUAAAAGUUCUAGGAACCUGAAAUACAAAGAUUACUUUGACCCGACUGAAUGUCAGGAACCUGCAGUAGAAGAUGGCAAAGCAGCAAAGCAAAAACUAAAGCCAGAAGAAUUCGGCGACAACCAGGAUCGGGAUGAAGACCAGGAGCAGAUAAAGAGAGGCAGAGAAGCCAAUGGAGCUUAUAAGAAAGUUAGCUUUGAUCUAUUUGAUGAUGAUGACCUGGCCACUGUGACAGAAAAGAAGAAGCUGGAAGAUGAAAAAUCAAACUUUGAAAAACGCCAAGAAAAGCUGAGAGCACAGAUUGAACAGCUGGAGAAAUCUGCUCUGGAGCAGAAGCCAUGGCAACUCCUGGGAGAGGUCACAGCUCAGAAACGACCUGAAAACAGCUUGCUGGAAGAGGACCUUUUAUUUGAUCAUACAGUUAGGAAGGCACCUGUCAUUACUGAGGAAACAACACUUCAACUGGAAGAUGUCAUUAUCCAGAGGAUUAAGGACGAGGCCUGGGAUGAUGUCUUGCGCAAAGGGAAACCAAAAGAAGAGACUUUUGAGUACAAAAAGCGCCUCACUUUGGACCAUGAGAAAAGUAAACUGAGUCUGGCUGAGGUCUAUGAGCAAGAAUAUCAAAAACAAACUCAGCAAAGGACUGAAGUGGAGGAAAACCAGCAGUACACGGAGAUCCAGAAAGCGAUGGAUUCUUUAUUCCUCAAAUUGGAUGCUCUCUGCAACUUCCAGUUCACCCCCAAACCACCUGUACCUGAGCUGAAGAUAGUCUCCAAUCUGCCAUCCAUCAGCAUGGAGGAGGUAGCACCCGUGAAUGUCAGUGAGGCCACUUUGUUGGCACCAGAAGAGAUCAAGGAGAAGGGCCGAGCCGGGGUUCUUCAGGGAGAAAAUGAAAAGACACCAACAGAUAAAAAGCGGGAGAGAAGACAGAAGAAGAAGCUGAAACAUCUGAGAAUACGGGCAAAAGAAAUGCGUCAGAAAAGUCUAGAAAAGCAGAACUUGAAACUGAGCAAUAAAGAAGAGAAGAAAAUGAAUGUUCAGAAAGCAAAGAAGCUGGCUCAGCAAGGAAUGGUGCUGCUGCUGAAGGAUGAAGGUAAAGACAAAACUCUGCGUUCAUCAAAAGCCUUCUUCUCCCAUUUACAAGACCAAGUGAAAGCUGAACUUAGUGGAGUCAAAGCUGCAGGCAAGAAGAAGAAUAAGCUUGGGAAACUUUCAGCAAACAAAUUGAAACUUUAAUACAGAUUCCUUCACAUGAUCAAGACAGUGACAAUCCCACUGUGGUGGAACAUUGCUUUCCAAAGCCUAUUUUUAUUCAAAACAGGCUGCUUUCUAAAGAAGUACUACCUUUUAUUAAACUGUUUUUCACAGAAGGCUACAUGUUAGCCUCCUGGGUCUCUGAAAGAGCUUUACCAGACAGUGGAAUAUCUGAACUAAACAAAAAUACAAACACUGACCAUGUCAGAUGGCUUCUGUGCAGUGAAUGAGAGGUAUUUCAGGUUGCUGACCUUUGAGCAGAAACAAAACGUUAGAGAUGGAGAGGAAAAUAACAUCAUGGUCUGGGAUGAGGUGGAAAGCAAUAGAAAUGGAACAUUUACUAAACUUGGCAGUGCACACCAAUGUGACACAAAGCAGUGUUGUUUUCUGUGUUGGAUUGUAGCUUCCUGGUAGCAGUUUCUGCAGAUUGAUGGAUGAGAACCUGAGCAGCAGAUCAUGUGUUCAGAACAGUUUGUUUGGUUCACUGCAUUCAAUCACACAUUCAUUUUGUCCCAACACAGUGGGACAUUUAUAUUUGAUAACCCAAUCAGUUUGUGUACAUUCCACUUGGAGUGUUGAAACUCAAAGAGAUCUUCUUAAAGGUUUAAACUUUUUGUAUAAUUGAGAGAAUUUUAAGUUGUUUCUUGCUCACUAUCAAUGAAGAUUUCAUCAGA